UAAUUUAAAAUUGAGUUGAUGUAUUGCUCAUGUUGUUUUAGCUUGCCUAAUAGUUCAGGCUUCUCCGUGGCCACUAUGAAUGGUCAGUUGAAAAAGUGCCACAUUGCCAUAACAUCGUUCAUCGACUCCUGCAGCAGUCACAACCUUGACAGCCUCCCCAUUGUUGCAGUUGAAAUGAUCCACAGCCUGUUUCUGAUUAACCACUCGGGAGAUAUAUUCCUGGAGAAGCACUGGAAGAGCGUCAUCGGCCGCAGUGUUUGCGACUACUUCUUCGAAGCGAAGGAGAAGGCUGCAGAGCCAGAGGAUGUUCCCCCCGUGCUUCAGACCCCGCACCACUACCUUAUCAGCAUCUACCGCGACAGGCUCUUCUUCCUGUCGGUCAUCCAGACAGAGGCCCCCCCGCUAUUCGUGAUCGAGUUCCUGCACAGAGUGGUCGAGACGUUUCAGGAUUAUUUUGGGGAAUGCUCGGAGACGGUGAUUAAGGACAACGUGGUGACGGUUUACGAGCUGUUGGAGGAGAUGCUGGACAACGGUUUCCCUCUGGCCACAGAGUCCAACAUCCUGAAGGAGAUGAUCCGGCCUCCCACCAUCUUGAGAACCAUGGUCAACACCCUCACAGGAACUAGUAAUUUUGAAGAAAGGCUACCAUCGGGUCAGUUGUCCACCAUCCCGUGGAGGCGAUCUGGUGUAAAAUACACCAAUAAUGAGGCUUAUUUCGACGUGAUAGAAGAGAUCGACGCCAUAGUGGACAAAUCAGGUACGACGGUGUGUGCUGAGAUACAGGGUGUAAUUGAAGCCUGCGUCAAGCUCACUGGGAUGCCUGAUCUGACUCUCUCUUUUAUGAAUCCCCGUCUCCUGGACGACGUGAGUUUCCACCCGUGUGUGAGAUUCAAGCGCUGGGAGGCGGAGCGAGUGCUCUCCUUCAUCCCCCCCGAUGGAAACUUCACACUCAUGUCCUACCACGUCAACGCCCAGAACCUCGUGGCCAUCCCCGUGUACGUGAAGCAGAACAUCAGCUUCUUCGAGAGUGGCUCCGGGGGCCGCCUGGACCUGACGGCGGGCCCCAAGCAGACCAUGGGGAAGACGGUGGAGGGCUUGGUGAUCACCAUCCACAUGCCCAAAGCCGUGCUCAGUGCCAGCCUCACAGCCACGCAGGGCAGCUACACCUACGACCCCGCCACCAAGGUGCUGGUGUGGAACAUUGGGAGGUUGAACCCCCAGAAGCUUCCUAACCUGCGGGGCAGCCUCAGUCUGCAGGCCGGAGCCCCCAAACCAGAGGACAACCCCUCCAUCAACAUCGCCCUCAAAAUUCAACAGCUGGCCAUAUCGGGGCUAAAGGUGAACCGACUGGACAUGUAUGGAGAGAAGUACAAGCCUUUUAAAGGAGUCAAAUAUGUCACAAAAGCUGGAAAAUUCCAAGUAAGGACCUGAGCAUCAACUGGCUGAUGUGACGACAGCCAACAACCCAAUGUGCCAAAAAUGGGGAACUGAAACUUUCCCACGCUCCAAGUUUCAGUUAGUUCUACAAGCCUUCUGUAUCCUAGCUCACUGUUAUUAAUGAAAGACUUUGUUGUCCAAAGUUAACUUAUAUGUUCAUAGUGUUGCAGAGAAUCGAAUGAUACUUCUAACCUUUUAAAGGGAAGCCUUAAUAAUUGUGGGAAAAUACUUGUAUGCUCUUUUUUGUCUGUGCAUUAUCUUGACCAGAUAAUAGGUAUUUUGAGAGCUUUGUGACUAGUUUAUUUUUCUUCAUGUUAUAGUUUAUUUAUCCCCAUUUUAUAUGCUCUAAGGGUAAACACUAAGCUUUAAAAGACUUGUGCAGCGGCCUGCCUGCGUGGCCAUUUCACACUUCAGCACAUAAAGCAUGAAAUCAGUGUCAAUGUUUGCAGACCUUGUUACCUUUUGCAGCUGAACACAAUCAGUUUUAUACAGUAGCUAUUUUUCUAGAAUCCAAGCGGCCAACGUUCCCUUGUUUACCGUGUGAGUGCAGGUAUUUCAGCCCAGAAAUGUUGGCUUUGCGGUUUCACAGGAAUGUCUGUUUGCCAUAGAGAGCGCCCUGGUCCACCUUGGCGACCUGGGGAACUGUUAUGUAUUAUAUGUAGGACCUAACCUCGUCACUCUGACUACAACUACACGCACCAGUAGUGGACUUCACACAGGAACGAGAAGUGGAGAGGAUGGGAGUUUUUAAUCCCGAAUCACUGAAGAAGGUUUCAGUCCCUACCGUGGUGUGGAGCCGGGGUGCGUUUCUGCUCUGUUGUAGAGAGUUGAGGAUGCUCAGGAGGCCAUCUCACCUUACUUUUAUAAAUCAAUACUCUCGAAAUGCAGCCUUAUUCAACACCGCUUUUGCACAAUCACUUAUUGGGGAGGGUGGGCACAAGGAAUGUCCUCUGUUUAUCAACAAAUUAAGAUAUUUUAUAAGAAAAACCCAUGUUUUAUGUGUGCGUAUUUACUGCAAUGCCCAUAAAGUGUACUUUAAUAUCCGAUAACAUUGUUAGCAUAAUGUGUCAAAUAAAGAGGCUAUCAAGUCCAA